AUGCACAGCUCCUUUACCCGACUCCAGAAUGUCUUUGGCUUCUUCACCACCGUCACCUUCGUCCUGGGCGCAUUCAUUGCUGCCACAGAUCUCGGCUCCGCUCGCACACCCAGCGGCGUCAUAAAAACCGACAACAUUCAAGUUGUCAAGGGCCGACCCCACUACUACUCUUCGAAAAAGGAAGAGUAUGCCAUCAUUCGCUUCUCCCUAGAAGCUGACCUCUCCUCACUCUUCACAUGGAAUACCAAGCAACUCUUUGUCUAUGUAACGGCAGACUGGACGAGCCCUGGCGGCAUCAACAACACUGCCGUUAUCUGGGAUAGCAUCAUCACCAACCCCAGUGCCGAUCACUUACAGAACAUCGGCCCCGUGGCUAUGAAGAAGCUCAAGAGGAGCGCUGAAGGCAAGAGCAUUGCGCCUGAAAGAGGACUUCUCAAGCUCAAGAACCAGAAGCCCAAGUACCAAAUCACCCACCCUAGCGGCAAGAUCGCCGAGACUGCCGACGUAACUCUAAAGUUACAUUACAACGUACAGCCUUGGGUCGGCAUCUUGACAUGGGACAUGGAUAAGCCGCUUGCCAUGUGGAAUGCCAUGAGCGGUGGGGUCAGUGACCUCUUUACGCUUCCUGCCCUCAAGUCCAAGGAUACUAAGGGCAAAGACACAAAGGAUAAGAGCAGCACAAAGAGCAAGAAGAGCAAGAAGCCUUGA